GUCAUGUUGUCAAACUUUAUAGGUUAUAUACGUGGAAAUGGUUUAACUUGUAGUAUAAUAUGAGUAUAAUAUUUAAUUUCUAAAUAAACACUUCGACAAUUGGCUAAAAAACUGACCGAAAAUGGGCCAAAGAAGAAAAAACACCAAGGAUAUCCUUGCACGGAUAAACUUUCCUCUGUACACGGUCCAGAUGUUGACAACCAGAUAUGUUAUUGUUGGUGGAGGAGGAGGAACCUCCAAAACAGGAGUUGCAAAUGGCUUUGAAAUAUUUGAACUGUCUCAUGAUGGUACUAAGUUUAUAGCAGAAGAAGUGACAAGACAUGAAACUGGGGGCAAUGUAGUCAUGUACAGUACUGCAUACUCUGAUAACAAACGUUCUUACGUUGUAGCAGGUCAAGAGAGCCACUGCCAGCUCUAUAAUGUCAACAGCAUGCUUGUAACUGAAGAUGAUGUGGAAAACAUUGGCAAUAAUGUUUCUGAUAGUAGACAAAGAAAAUCUAAUUCAAAUGAGAAGACAGAUAAAAACAAAAAUGUUAAUAAACGACUGCAAUUUGUAAUGAGCCCUGGAGAUAGUAUUCAGACAGAUUUUGAUGGCUCAGAACCACUGUCAAGGGUUGCUAGAAUUAGUCACAAUGGAAAACUAUUAGCCACAGGUGGUACAGAUGGUGUCAUUAGACUUUGGAAGUUUCCAAGUUUGCAGCCUUUAACAAAACUGAAAGCUCACCUCAAAGAAAUUGAUGACAUUGAUUUCAGUCAGUAUGGAAACUAUUUGGCCACAGUUGCAAAAGAUGGCUUAGCUAUUCUUUGGGAUUGUGUCAAAGGCAAAGAACAUAGCAGAGUAUCUUGGAAACAACCAGAGGGCUCUAAGUACAUCUAUAAAAGAUGUAGAUUUGGUAGAAUUGAGGGUGAGGAAAAAUCAGCCCUCUACACACUGACGAACCCUACUGGUUUAGCAAGGAAGCAAAAAUCAUACCUUCAACAGUGGCUACCUGACACUGGUGCCCUAAGAAGGAUAGCUGAAUUUGAUGAAAGUAUUUGUGCCCUUGCAGUUAGAGAUGAUGGUAGAUUUGUUGCUGUAGGGACAAUGUUCAGUGGAUCUGUAUCCAUUUAUGCAUCUUUUAGUUUGCAGAGAAUAUUGAAUGUUUCUGGUGCACAUUCCAUGUUUGUUACUGGUUUAGAGUUUUUACCUGUACAUAAUGAAAAUAGAACAGUAUCCAGUGUUGUUGAAUGUGCUGUUCUAUCAAUUUCUGUGGAUAACCAUGUCUGUAUACAUACUCUGCCAUAUAGAAGAACAAUGCCAGUUUGGGUAGGAAUUUUCAUACUACUGAUCACAUUAUUUAUCACAUUCAUGCUGUGUUCUUAUGUUGGGUUGUGAAAUUGAAAUGUUUACAAAAACACCAAUGAAUCAAUAAAAGUCAUAUUUAUUUUCUUU